AUGGUUUCUGGAUGUCUAAAAUCAAUUGGUUGGAAGGAGGUUCGACAAAGCUUUUUUGCACAAGUUGGGUUGAAGUUCAACACUAAAUCCUUCAAUAACAAAAUACAAAAUCUAAAAAGUAGGUAUAAAGAGUUUAAGAAAUUGAGGUUCGGGCAAACGGGAUUUGGCUGGGAUGAAGAGAAGAAGAUGGUUGUAGCCUCCCCAAAGACACGGGAGAAUUAUUUCCUGGCUAACCCCAAGGCAAAAAAGUUUCGUACUAUGGGUUGUCCAGAAUAUAACAACCUUAAAAUUAUAUUUGGGGGUACCACACCAACAGGAAGGUUCUCUGCAUCUUUGGCACGUGGCAUAGAGUCUCCACCCCGGGAGAAAGGGCAUGUUUCUAAUGAUCCACCUUUUGAAGAAGUUCAACAACCAUCACCUGGCAUUGCUGAUUCAACCAAUAUUGAUGGUGAUCAAAUUUUUACUACAACCACUAAGCAAAAUGCUUGUAGGAAGAGGCCAUCUAAAUUUUCUGAUGCAAUUGUUGAACAAAAUGUAUCGACAGAUAAGAGAUUUGAGAAGUUGGUGGAUUCAAUUAAUGGAAUGAAUCAAAAGCCAGAGAACCAUUUCUCUAUGAGCAAUGUUUUAUCAGAGUUGAAUUCUAUCGAAUGA